AUGAAUGUCCACACUAAGGAGAUGGUGCCCCUCAUGGGCAGAAGAGCUGCCGUCCCCAGUGGGAACCCUGCCAUCCUGCAGGAGAAGAGGUCAGCAGAGAUUACGCCAACCAAGAAGAGUGCACACUUCUUCCUGGAGAUAGAAGGGUUUGAUCCCAACCCCACAGUCUCCAAGACCUCUCCCCCCGUCUUCUCCAAGCCUAUGGACUCCAACAUCCGGCAGUGCCUCUCUGGCAACUGUGAUGACAUGGACUCUCCGCAGUCCCCUCAGGACGACGUGACAGAGACACCGUCCAAUCCCAACAGUCCCAGUGCAAACCUGGCCAAGGAAGAGCAGAGGCGAAAAAAGAGGCGGCUGAAGAAGCGCAUCUUUGCAGCCGUGUCAGAGGGCAGCGUGGAGGAGCUGCUGGAGCUGCUGGUGGAGUUGCAGGAGCUUUGCAAGCGACGCCGUGGCCUGGAAGUGGCUGACUUCCUUAUGCACAAGCUGACGGCCUCUGACACGGGGAAGACCUGCCUGAUGAAGGCCUUGUUAAACAUCAACCCCAACACCAAGGAGAUCGUGCGGAUCCUGCUGGCUUUUGCUGAAGAGAACGACAUCCUGGACAGAUUCAUCAACGCUGCAUACACAGAGGAGGCCUACGAAGGGCAGACGGCGCUGAACAUCGCCAUUGAGCGGCGGCAGGGAGACGUCACUGCGUUGCUCAUCGCUGCUGGCGCCGACGUCAACGCCCACGCCAGCGGGGUCUUCUUCAACCCCAAGUACCAGCACGAGGGCUUCUACUUUGGCGAGACACCGCUGGCCCUGGCAGCAUGUACCAACCAGCCUGAGAUUGUGCAGUUGCUGAUGGAGAACGAGCAGACAGACAUCACCUCGCAGGACUCGCGGGGAAAUAACAUCCUACACGCACUGGUGACAGUGGCUGAGGACUUCAAGACGCAGAAUGACUUUGUGAAGCGCAUGUAUGACAUGAUCCUGCUGAGGAGUGGCACCUGGGCGCUGGAGACCAUGUGCAACAAUGAUGGCCUCACGCCGCUGCAGCUGGCUGCCAAGAUGGGCAAGGCCGAGAUCUUGAAGUACAUCCUCAGCCGUGAGAUCAAGGAGAAGCCACUCCGGAGCCUGUCCAGGAAGUUUACUGACUGGGCGUACGGGCCUGUGUCGUCCUCCCUCUAUGACCUCACCAACGUGGACACUACAACAGACAACUCAGUGCUGGAAAUCAUCGUCUACAACACCAACAUUGAUAACCGGCAUGAGAUGCUGACCCUGGAGCCCCUGCACACGCUGCUGCAUAUGAAGUGGAAGAAGUUUGCCAAGUACAUGUUCUUCUUGUCCUUCUGCUUUUAUUUCUUCUACAACAUCACCUUGACUCUCGUUUCCUACUACCGCCCCCGGGAGGAGGAGGCCCUCCCACACCCCUUGGCCCUGACGCACAAGAUGGGGUGGCUGCAGCUCUUGGGAAGGAUGUUCGUGCUCAUCUGGGCCACGUGCAUUUCUGUGAAAGAGGGCAUGGCGAUCUUCCUGCUGAGACCCUCAGAUCUGCAGUCCAUUCUCUCUGAUGCCUGGUUUCACUUUGUCUUUUUUGUCCAAGCUGUGCUUGUGAUACUGUCUGUCUUCUUGUACUUGUUUGCCUACAAAGAGUACCUCGCCUGCCUUGUGCUGGCCAUGGCCCUGGGCUGGGCCAACAUGCUCUACUACACGCGGGGAUUCCAGUCCAUGGGCAUGUACAGCGUCAUGAUCCAGAAGGUCAUUUUGCAUGAUGUUCUGAAGUUCUUGUUUGUAUAUAUUGUGUUCUUACUUGGAUUUGGAGUAGCCCUGGCUUCAUUGAUCGAGAAGUGUUCCAGUGACAACAAAGACUGUAGCUCCUAUGGCAGCUUCAGCGAUUCGGUGCUGGAACUCUUUAAGCUCACUAUAGGCCUGGGCGACCUGAACAUACAACAGAACUCCAAGUACCCCAUCCUCUUUCUGUUCCUGCUCAUCACCUACGUCAUCCUCACCUUCGUCCUCCUCCUCAACAUGCUCAUCGCCCUGAUGGGAGAGACCGUGGAGAACGUCUCCAAGGAGAGUGAGCGCAUCUGGCGUCUACAGAGAGCCAGGACGAUUCUGGAGUUUGAGAAAAUGUUACCAGAAUGGCUGAGAAGCAGGUUCCGGAUGGGAGAGCUGUGUAAGGUAGCGGAGGAAGAUUUCCGGCUGUGUCUGCGGAUCAAUGAGGUGAAGUGGACUGAAUGGAAAACGCAUGUCUCCUUCCUCAAUGAAGAUCCAGGGCCUGUAAGACGGACAGCAGAUUUCAACAAAAUCCAAGAUUCUUCCAGGAGCAACAGCAAAACCACCCUGAACGCCUUUGAUGAAAUAGAUGAAUUUCCGGAAACUUCGGUGUAGGAGCAGAAUGCAGAGCUGGUGUGGGCAUGGGCCGUCUGAGGCUGCUGGCUGGCCCUGGACUUGGUGCUGAGGGCUUUGCAGAGUGGAGGAGCCUGGCUCUGUGUGCCUACAAGCAGAAAGCACCCUCACGCUGAGCGGCUGACUGAACUGAGAGAGGCUGCUGUCAGUCUGAGUGGGAAACACCCUGGAUUUCUUUUUUUACUCAGCAAAGAGUUUCUGUAAAUCCAUGGUGGGCAGUCCUGAGCCUGGGAGUCCCUGAAAUCCAGGGUGAAGUCUCUGGGCUCACCAACUGGAGGUCAUCUUGGCUGGGAGAGAAGCAUGGCAGGGAAGGGACAGAGGCCUGAGGAGCAGAACUUCCUUCCUGCCAACAUCUCC